GAAGACAUCUUACAUCGACUGUUUGUGAUCGUAUCGUGUUGGUGAAUACAUCUUGGAGAAAGUGUUGUUGAAGAAGCAAACAGAGACCAUGAAAUAUCAGAGCUUUGAGAACACAGAGGUGAGAGGAGAAGGAGAUGAUGUUGAUGAAGAUCUCCGGUUGCUGUUGAUCGGUAAAACCGGAUCCGGGAAAAGCGCCACAGGAAACACCCUCUUUAAUGAUCGAGUGUUUGAAUCAGUAAUGAGCUCUUCAUCGGUGACCAGAUUCUGUCAGACACACACUGGAGCUGUUAAUAACAGGAGAGUGACAGUCAUUGAUACUCCAGACUUCAUCUUCUCCACUCACACUGACUUUGAUUCAGACUCAGAGCUGAAGAGAGCUCUUGAAUUAUGUUCAGCAGGAGCUCAUGUGAUCCUGCUUAUUCUGCCUUUAAGCACUUUCACUGAGCAGGAGAUGGAUUUCUUUGGUUGGUUUGAGCAGAAGUUUGGUGCAGAAGCUCUCAGAUUUACUCUAGUGCUCUUCACUCAUGCAGGUCAGAAACACAUGAGGACACUAGCAGAAAUGAUCAGGAUGAAUCCUCAAUUAUCUCCUUUUAUUAACCGAUGUGGUCAGAGAUAUCAUGAGUUUAACAUUAAAGCUCCAGCAAACAGUCGACAGGUGACUGAACUCAUGCAGAAGAUCGACACACUGAUAUCUGAGAACACAAACUCCUGCUACACACUAGACAUGAUGCAGGAGACUGAGAGGAGAAGAGAGGAGAGAGAGAGAGAAGAGAAGGAGAGGAGAGAGAGAGAACACAGAAUGACAUUAGAGAGAGUCAGAAUAGAGACAGAGACACGAGUGAGGAGAGAUAUUGAACAAGAGAGACUGGAGAAAGAGAGAGAGAGAGAACAACAGAUAGCAUCAGAGAGAGACAGAAUAGAGACAGAGACACGAGUGAGAGGAGAAUCUGAAGAGAGAAGAGACAGUGGGCUCAAACACUUUGUACAACAGAAUAAGUACAUCAUUCUUACAGGUAUAGGUGUAGCUGUAGGAGCUGUGAUUGUACUAAUUGUUCUUGCAGUGAGACUUUCUUCCUGA